AGAAGAUACAUUGUAGAAAUGGGAGGGGUUUAACCAUCAUUAUGACUUUGUGGCUGUGGUAACGACCCCCAUCAGGAGCCAUUUUGUACACAGAUCACUAACAUACAUCACUAACAUAUAUCACUAAUAUACAUCACUAACAUACAUGUAAACUCCGAUCUCUCGGCAAGUCUAGCAGAGCGCAAACCUGGAUUAUCUAUUAGCUAGACUACAUUUCAAACGGAAUCAGGACCAAAACUCCGGAAAUUGUGAAUGUACUAGUGCACACUGGUUACUGAACAGUUUUGUCUUUCUCUAACCGUCCCGCUACCGCAUUACCGGGGCUACCCACGGACACGCUGUGGCUACAUGGACCGGAGAAGCCAGCGGUUAUUGAGUCUUGUGAUGUCGGGACGAUCUCCGGUGUAAAUGUUCGCGACGGGAAAAGGAGAAAGUCUUCCCUGUUUUCUUUCAGUACGAGAACAUCAUGGCUUUUUCCUGGCUGACUUGUUCACUUCUCCUGGGAACUUUGUGUGCAGGCUGGGGCCAUGGCGAUGUGGAGACCAGAGAUUGUGUGUACUACAAUGAUAACUGGCGUACAGAGCGUACCAACCAGAGUGGUGUGGAGAGGUGUGAGGGGGAGAAGGAUAAACGACUACACUGCUACUCCUCCUGGCUCAACGUCUCAGGAACCAUCAAACUGGUGAAGAAAGGCUGCUGGCUGGACGACUUCAACUGCUAUGCCAGACAGGAGUGUGUGUCCAUGGAAGAGAACCCCCAGGUGUUCUUCUGCUGCUGUGAAGGGAACUACUGCAAUGAGAGGUUCACACACCUGCCUGACCUCGUCGCCGCCGGCAACAGAGUGAAAAUCCGCCCCCCUCCCAGAGUGCCGUCUCUGUUGAAUAGCCUGGUGUACGCUCUGCUAUCUCUGUGUGUUCUGUCUCUGACCCUGCUACUGGCCCUGUGGAUGUACCGACAGCGCAAACCACCCUACGGACAUGUUGACCUCCUUGAGGACCCUCGGCAAACCCCUCCAUCUCCCGUGGUGGGGCUGAAGCCUCUGCAGUUACUGGAGGUGAAAGCUAGGGGGCGCUUCGGCUGUGUGUGGAAGGCUCAGCUGAUGAGUGAAUACGUGGCUGUAAAGGUCUUCCCUGUUCAGGACAAGCAGUCGUGGCAGAAUGAGAAAGAUAUCUUCCUGACUCCUGGUAUGAGACAUGAGAACCUGCUUCGUUACAUCGCUGCAGAGAAACACAGCAGCAACAUGGAGACUGAGCUCUGGCUCAUCAUGGAGUUCCACGAACGGGGUUCGUUGACUGACCAUCUGAAGGACAGUACGGUGACCUGGUCUGAAAUGUGUCAUAUUGCUGAGACUAUGUCCCGUGGUCUGGCUUACCUCCAUGAAGACACACCCAUCUACAAGGGAGAAGGCCCCAAACCCACCAUCGCACACAGGGACUUCAAGAGUAAGAACGUGAUGUUGAGACAUGAUCUGACAGCCAUCAUCGGAGACUUUGGUCUGGCGGUCCGGUUUGAGCCGGGGAAACCUCCAGGAGACACCCACGGACAGGUGGGUACGUGGCGUUACAUGGCCCCUGAGGUUCUAGAAGGGGCUAUAAACUUCCAGAGAGACUCCUUCCUGAGGAUAGAUAUGUAUGCUAUGGGGCUGGUGCUGUGGGAACUGGUGUCACGAUGCAUCGCCACAGACGAUACCGUAGGGGAGUUCAUGCUGCCGUUUGAGGAGGAGAUUGGCCAACACACGUCUCUACAGGAACUGCAGGAUGUGGUCGUUCACAAGAAGAUGAGACCGGUCUUCAAGGACACCUGGCUCAAACACCCGGGUCUGUCUCAGUUGUGUGAGACUAUAGAGGAGUGUUGGGACCAUGACGCCGAGGCUCGUCUCUCCGCCGGCUGUGUUGAGGAACGCAUCUCCCAGAUCACCAGGACAACCGUCGGCGCUACCUCAGACUGCCCAGUUGCCGUAGUAAUGUCGGUAACCGACGACGAUGACCUACCUCCCAAAGAGUCCAGCACCUGAGUUCUGUGUUACUGUGACGUCAGAGCAGUGACGUCAUCACGGAAGCGGAACGAUGCUCCAGCCUAAACUCUUAAACAACUUGAAUACAGCUGCUAUUUUUAUAAUCUUAAUAUUGGUAUUAUUGUUUUUAAGACUUUUUUUAUGUUAUUUUGGAUCAAGUCUUCUCUUCCAACCGUCUUCUGUAGUUUUCACUGAGAAAAGAAUAUGACAGAAAUAAGCUAUAUGUUGGGCAAGACCUCUCAAAGACCUCUCUAAGAUAUUAACUUGUUAAAUCUUCUAUUCAGUCAAUACCUCAUGUUGUAUUUAGUGGGUUUGAUUAUUACCUCAUUCUGUCGUCUGGUCAAGAUGGCGGCCAGCCAAAGAAAGCUAACCGUAUUCCAAACCUCUGACGUGACGAUGCACAACACACAGUCUGGACGAUGGACAGUAUGUAUACAUACACACACACAUACAUCCCGGACUAUACACACACACACACACACACACACACACAUACAUCCCGGACUAUACACACACAUACAUCCCGGAUUAUACACACUCAUACACACACAGCCCAGACGAUAGACCGUGUGUAUAUAUACACACACACACACACACACGGCCCAGACGUUAGCUUACACACUGUAGAUCCACAGGACUCAUGUCCGAUGAACCACGAGACUGUUCCAACGUAUUUAUCUUCCUCGGGAUGAAACGUUGCUCUUUACUCAGAGUUCUGUCUUCCGUCUUUGUUUGGCUACGAACGCCUUUUGAAAUAACGAUACAGACAUCUGAACCAACCCUCCAUAUAGCCUCUCGAUCAUUGCUAUUCUGGAUCCUUGGGACGUCCCUACUCUAAACCCAGGGCCUAACAGUAGAGUAGAGCAGCGUUUACAGUUAACAGGGGGGCAAGAGGACCAGACGCUACGCAGGAGUAGCAUUGGACGAACGGACUUGGAAAGGAUUAGGACAAAAAUACACUUCUGGUUUUGGAUUAGAAUUACUACAUCUCAGGAUUCCAGCCUUUUGGAAAAAUGUUCUACACAUGUAGAGAAGCCAAGCUAUCAGGGUUUCAUUGGACACACCUUUUACCUGACAUUUACUAAAUUAAAUCUGAAAUUUAAAUGUUAUACAUUCUGGAUGUAACUUUUCUUUGUGCGUAUGUGUUUUGUGUGUGUGUGCUUGUGGAAUAGACUGAGAGGAGUAUUUUUGUAUUUUUUUUGUCUGAACAGCAGUUGAAGCUGUGAAUAAGUAUUUGUUAUUGAAGGGCCAUGCUUGAGUUGGUUACAAGUCUCUGUUUUUUUUUUCUUCCUCUCUGUCUGCUCAGUUAGACCAGUUUCACAAAGCUAUGAUUUCCAUUCUUUUAAUUUGGAAACAAAUUGUCUGACUUGUGAGACUACGUUUCAGUUACCUCAGAAACAUGUAUGUUAUUCAGAUACCUCAGCAACCUGUAUGUCAUGCAAGGAAAAACUAAACUCAGUGGCCUUUAUUUCAGUUGCAUACCAGACUAGCCUGGUUCCAGAUCUGUUUGUGCUUCCUUGCCAACUCCUAUGGUCAUAACAACACAAACACACCUGGAACCAGGCUAAUAUGACCAGACUAUAACAAACUAGUGAAUAUCCACACAAUGCUGUUGAUACUCACUACCAGGGUUGGGAUCCAGGGGCGGACUGGCAAUCUGGCAUUUCGGGCAAAUUCCAUAUGGGCUGGUCCAUUUUUAGCCCAGUGGGCCUGUCUAACUUGUUGUUUUAUUGAGCAAAAAUGAUAAUUAUCUGGUUAAUAAUGGGGCCUAAUGGGCCGGUGUGGUGGUCUUGAAGUGGAAGUCUACGCAGGAUUGAUGAAUUAAUCCCGCCAUACAGCACCCGCUUACACAACCGCUGGCUUUCUGUCCCGACUCCUACCCACUACCGCAAGAACUGGUCCCGUACCCAACGGCAAGAACUGGUCCCGAACCCAACCGCAGUCCCGCAAUGGGACUUUAGGCGUAUGUGACGAAGCAGCUCACUUGCCAGCAAUGGUUCGAAGUAAUUUUGCACCCUGUAGGCAAUAGCAAAAUGCGCAAAAAUAAUCAAAGAAAUAAGUUAAAUUACCAGACAUUCUCACGUGGCCCAUUUUUAUAUUAGGCUAUUGGUAUUACUGCGAUAUAUCAGCCAAUAGACCUAGACGUAGUUUGAAGAGAGCAGUGUUGGAGAGACUGGCACUUUGUCCCGUUUUAUAAGCGUACCCUGGGACCUGCGGGUCCCGACAGAGAUCAUUGCCUGCGUGGUCAGCAUUUUUCAUGCUGCAGUUGGGUGCAGCCCUUUUACCUUGAGGGGAAAAAUGGUCUGGUUUUGGGCCUUCAAGCAUCAAAAAAAUUGCCUUGGUGGGGGCCGCAAGGAAAAUAAUGGGCUGGUGUGGGGGCCUCCAUGGAAUAAAAUAGUCCAGUGUUUGAAAUGCCAGGGCUGAUUUCUGGUCCCAGUCCGCCCAUGUUAGGAUGAAUUCCAUUUAAAUUCCUAUCAGUUCAGAUUGGAAUUUCCAAUGGCAAAUUUUCCUAAUUAAAAAGCAUUGAAGAGAAAUGGAAUUUCAUUGUACUUCCUGAAAUGGAAUUGACCCCUACCGUGCUCAUUACUCAAGGGUCCUCAACGAUAGAUAAUGUUGAUGACGUCAUGUAUUCUCUGUUCUGUGUUGUUUUUUUAAAACUGACAACUCUCUGUGAAUGUACUGUAAGUGAAGCUCAUUGUAAUAAUAAGGUGUCUUUUAUGUUAGUUCUCAACUGUUUACUCUCUGACAUCACAUAUACCUCAGGCUUUUAUACAGAUUAAUUAAUAUCUCUGUUAUAUCAUGUUACGUAUCCUGUUUUAGUAGUUGAUAUAUUUUACUGCAAGUUUUACUUUUUAUUUUUAUGUACCAUGGAGAUUUCAAAUUCUAUCAGACUGACUAGUUGCAUAUAGGAAGUGUUUAAUGUUGUUCAACUCAAAUUAGAGGCUGGAACUUGGUUUGUAAAUACUUGUUGUUGUAAUGUACACAGUGGCAGAACACUGAUUUUACACCGUAUCUUGUUGGGAAAAUAAUGUUUUUCAUUUUACUUGAUUGAAAGGGGAAGUUGAA